UUGGUAGCAGUUCACGGUAGCACGAAUUCACGAACUGCUACCAAAAGUUAUGCCCAUAUUUUUGGUAGCGUUAUUUACUCGCUAGCUAUAUUUAUCAGUAACCCGGUAAAAAAAUAAUUAAAAAUUCAGUUAAAAAGAGUAAAGUGGUGUCGCGAUGCAAAAGACCUAAGGUUUGUUUCAACCUUUUCCGCCUCUCCUUCUCUUCACUUAGAAACUAUCGAAGAAAAAAAAGAAUGGGGAAGCUCAAUCUCGCCGAUCUUUGACCAGAAUCCGUACGGUACGGUGCUUUCAUCGCCGGCGGACAGCUUCCCGGUGAACCCAGAUUCCAUUUUGUCUGAUUAAUUCCUUCGAUAACUUAAAUGUAUAUGAUUUCUCUUUGAUGAAUUCGAUCGUUUGAUUUGUUACAGGUUUUAAAAAUUUGAUUUAACCGAAGAUUAGGAGGAGAGAAGUCAGGUUUGAGCUUUUGAUUGUCCGUUUUGGAGUGAAGUGGAGUUGAAAUCGGAAGGAGCUUAUUGAGGUUUUUCUUUUUCACCCAAUAGAAGUUGUUUCUUGUAGGUGGUAGUGAAUGACUGAGUUAUAGUAUUUGAUAGAUUGGCGAUUGAAUAAUUGAUAGUUUAUUGGUACUUAUUUGAAUAACAAUGUGUCUGUUUGGUGUAUGUUUGACUUAUAAUUUAUGGCUUUGCUUGAUUUUGUUGGUUUAUCGGUUAGAAACUUAGGACAUAAAAUGGUUGAAAAGUCAUGGGUUCAUCUAAACAGGUAUGGAAAAACAAUAUAUAUUAUAGGAACUUAUAUUUUGUGUGUGAUUAAGAGUGUUUAAAUUAUGCUUUCAUGUCUCUAAACCGAAGAGCUGAUCCUGAUUAUGAGAGAGGUGCAUGGGAAUUUGUGAGGUCAGUUGCUGCAGAUUUGCGAGAGUCUGAGUUGAUCAUCUGCCCAUGUAUUGACUGUCGCAACGUAGAUCGUCACUCAGCCAGUGUUAUUGUGGAUCAUUUAGUAACUAGGGGAAUGGAUUUGAGUUACAAAAUGAGGGAGGAUUGGUAUCACCAUGGAGAAGUAAUAUCAGGGACUGACAGCAGAAGCAGUGCAAGUGAGAAGAGCAAUGAGAUUUUAGGGUUAUACCAAGCAGCAGCGUAUGUUGAUGAAGAGUUUCUAAGGCAUGGUGACUUAAGUGAGGUUGCUGAAGGUGAAGAUAAGGCAGAAGAUGAGUUUCUUGCUAAGCUAGCCGAUGCAGAAACACCUCUGUAUCCAAGUUGUGGUAACCACAGCAAGCUCUCUGCUAUUGUUUCACUCUUUAGGAUAAAGACUCAGAAUGGUUGGUCUGAUAGAAGCUUUGAUCUGUUGCUUGAGACUUUGCCACAGAUGCUACCCAAGGAUAAUGUCUUGCACACGUCCUUGUACGAAGUAAAGAGGUUCUUGAGAUCUUUUGAUAUGGGUUAUGAGAAGAUACACGCCUGUGUGAACGACUGCUGUCUAUUCAGAAAGGAGUUUGAGAAGUUAGACAAAUGUCCGAAAUGCAAUGCAUCAAGAUGGAAGAGUAACUUGCGCACAGGUGAUGUAAAGAAAGGUAUUCCACAGAAAGUUCUUAGGUAUUUUCCCAUAAUCCCACGUCUGAAGAGGAUGUUCAGGUCAGAGGACAUGUCAAAGGACUUAAGGUGGCAUUUUAGUAAUAAAAGCACUGAUGGGAAAAGCAGACAUCCGGUUGAUUCUGUAACUUGGGAUCAGAUGAAUGACAGAUAUCCUUCAUUUGCCGCUGAAGAAAGGAAUCUUCGGCUUGGGCUGUCCACUGAUGGGUUCAAUCCUUUCAGCAUGAAGAAUGUGAACUACAGUUGCUGGCCCGUUUUGCUUGUCAUUUACAACCUGUCACCUGAAAAGUGUAUGAAGGAGGAGAACAUCAUGUUGUCGUUGCUCAUUCCUGGUCCAACCCAACCUGGUAACAACAUUGAUGUGUACUUAGAACCGCUUAUAGAGGAUCUUAACCACCUGUGGGAGAAAGGAGAGGUAACGUAUGAUGCAGUCAGCCACACGACUUUCACAUUAAGAGCAAUGCUUCUCUGGACCAUUCAGGAUUUUCCAGCAUAUGGUAAUCUCGCAGGCUGCAAAGUAAAGGGGAAAAUGGGUUGUCCAGUGUGUGGGAAAAACACAGACACGAUGUGGUUGACUAACUGCAGGAAGCACGUUUAUAUGUCCCACCGGAAAGGUCUUCCUCCCACACAUCCUUAUCGAGGAAAGAAAGCUUGGUUUGAUGGGAAAGCAGAGCAUGGGAAAAAAGGUAGAAUUCUGAGUGGUCAUAACAUAAGUCAUAUACUCAGAAACUACAAGAAUGAUUUUGGAAAAGUGAAAGUAACUGGAAGGAAGAGGAAGAUUAAUGAGACGGUUGGAUCAGACUCCAAUACGGAUGAUGAAUCCAGUGAUUCAGAGGAAGAGGAAGAGGAAGAAGCAGUUGAUGAGGAAGAGCUAUCUAGAUGGAAGAAGCGGUCAGUCUUUUUCAAGUUACCUUAUUGGGAGGAUCUACCGGUAAGACACAACUUAGACGUUAUGCACGUGGAAAGAAAUGUUGCUGCAAGCCUUAUAGCAACAUUGUUGCAUUGUGGAAAAUCUAAAGACGGUCUUAACGCGAGGAAAGAUCUAGAACUGCUUGGCAUUAGGAAGGAUUUACAUCCUCAACCCCGUGGAAAAAGAACAUACCUUCCUCCAGCUCCUUGGUCUCUGUCCAGCAAAGAGAAAAAAGUAUUCUGCAAGCGGUUAUCAGACUUCAGAGGUCCGGAUGGUUAUUGCUCAAAUAUAUCAAGGUGUGUGAAGUUGGAAGAAUCUAAGAUAUCAGGGUUGAAAUCACAUGAUUACCAUGUAUUGAUGCAACAGCUUCUUCCGGUUGCUAUCAGAGGUAUCAACUGAGUCUUUAAACUUUGUAUUAGUCAAGAUUUAGAUGUCCUGAUGCAACAGCUUCUCCAUUUAUAAUUUGGACAGGGUUAUUACCUAAAGGUGUUAGGAUAGCUAUUCGACGCCUCUGUGCUUUCUUCCAUCAUCUCUGUCAGCGGGUAAUUGAUGUAGACAAAAUUACAGCAAUGGAGGAGGAAAUUGUGGAAACACUCUGCAUGUUUGAGCGUUUUUUUCCUCCAA